AAUUAUCCCAAAUAAUUUUUUUUAAUCAAACUAAAAUAAUAAAAAAUGGACUAAAAAAACCAGACUAAAAAGAUUCGCCCAAACGAACCUGAGAUAUAUGACUCUUCACUAAUUAUCCAUAACUCUACUCAUCACACUCACAGUCACGCUCUGUCUCAUGUUUGGCUCAUCAAAAAUGCUUUUCAAAUCCAAAACUUUCAAGAUUCUCUUGCAUUGUAGGAGUCGAACCAAUCCAAACAUGUAUAAAGGUAGUGUUCACCAUAUCAAUGGAGUCUACAAUUUCUUCUGCAACACGACCGAGUCACCCAAAAUCGAUGACUCACCCACCAUUCCCGAGUCACCCGAGCUUCCCACCUGGGUCAAAUUUUCCGAGAAGACAAACCCACAACUCGAAAACCCAGAUGAAGAUUUCGUGCUUCCAUCAGUUUCUUACUGGAUUGAUAAUCACAAGCUUCAUCAUCAAACAACCCACAUCAAAAUCAAAUCAAUAGUGAGUGAUAUCAUCGAUAGUGAUCUCAAUAAAAUAAGUAAAGUCCUCAAGAAUCGAUUUCAAUCUCCUGAUGAUGUAAUACAAGCUUUGAAUUGUUGUUGUUGUAGUGUUGAUCUAUCGGAGAGUGUGGUUGAGCAAAUUUUGAAGAGAUUUAGCAAUGAUUGGAUACCGGCUUUUGGGUUUUUCAAUUGGGGGAAAUUUCAAAUGGGUUUUGAAUAUUCAGGUGAAUUGUACAACUCCAUGGUUGAUAUAUUGGGGAAAUGCAAGAAAUUUGAGGUUAUGAGAGAAUUGGUUGAAGAAAUGGAUCAAUUUGAAGGCUACAUUACAUUGAUCACAAUGACUAAGGUUAUGAGGAGGUUUGCAAAAGCUUAUAGGUAUGAAGAUGCAAUAGAGGCAUUUAGGAGAAUAGAGAGAUUUGGUUUGAGCAAAGAUGUGGAAGCUAUGAAUGCAUUAAUGGAUGCAUUGGUGAAAGAGAAUAGUGUUGAGCAUGCUCAAGAUGUAUACUUGGAGUUCAAGAAUUGUAUACCCCCAAAUUCACACACUCUCAAUGUAUUGAUACAUGGUUGGUGUAAAGUUAGGCAAAUGGAGAGAGCUAGAGAGACUAUGGGAGAGAUGGAAAAACUAGGGUUUCACCCCAAUGUGAUUUCCUACACUUGUUUUGUGGAAGCGUAUUGUCGCGAGAAAGAUUUUCGCAAAGUCGAUGUAAUUUUGGAGGAAAUGCAAGAAAAGGGGUGUCCUCCUAAUGCGGUUACUUAUACUAUUGUAAUGCACGCGUUGGGGAAGGCAAAGGAGAUAGGUGAAGCAUUGAAGGUAUAUGAGAAGAUGAAGAAGGAUGGUUGUGUUCUUGAUUCUCCAUUUUAUAGCUCAAUGAUUUACAUUUUGAGUAAUGCUGGUAGGCUUAAGGAUGCUCGCGAAGUGCUUGAUGAUAUGCCAAAUAGAGGUGUUAUUCCAGACGUGUUGACUUAUAAUACCAUGAUUAGUGCUGCUUGUGAGCACUCGCAAGAGGAAAAUGCAUUGAAGCUGCUCCAAGAAAUGGAAAAGAAUCAGUGCAAGCCUGAUCUCAAAACUUACGCGCCAUUGUUGAAGAUGUGUUGCAGGAAGAAAAGAAUGAAGGUGCUUUUCUUUUUGUUGAAGCACAUGUUUGAAAAUGAUGUUAGUCUUGAUCUUGGAACAUACUCUCUUUUGGUUCGUGGGUUGUGCAAGAGCGGGAAGCUUGAACAUGCAUGUUCAUUUUUUGAGGAAACCGUGUUGAGAGGAUUUGUUCCCAAGGUUUCCAUAUAUGAGAUGUUGAGGGAAGAACUCAAAAGGAAAGGUAUGGAAAAAGCGAAGGAACAGGUUGAAGAAUUGAUGUUACAAGCAAGAUCAGAGAGAAUAAUGUAACCAUGGCUGACAGUGGUAUUUGAAUUCAGAUUGUCUUUAUUGAUAGGUCUGUGGUUGGCUUGUUUUUCCUCCUAUGGUGUCUGAACUACUCUGUAAUACAUUCUUUGCUUGACCCUUCAAUCUUGUGACUGACCGGUGAAAUUGAACAAAGGAAAUUAUUCAUUAAUUUUUGAAAAAUUCUGAGCAAUGUGGCCGUGAAGGAAAUUAUUCAUUGAUUUUUGAAAAAAUCCGAGCAAUUUACAUGUGGGGGAAUGUUAAAGACAACAUUAAAGAUCU